UGGUCCCAGCGGGUCCAAUGGCAGCGUCAGAACUGCCCGGCCCGAUCGCUGACCGCUGUCUCUGUUCCUCCCGCAGGUAUGAACGCCGCCGUCCGAGCUGUGGUGCGCAUGGGAAUAUACGUGGGGGCCAAAGUGUACUUUAUCUAUGAGGGUUACCAAGGCAUGGUUGAUGGCGGCAGAAACAUUGUUGAAGCCAAUUGGGAGAGCGUCUCCAGCAUUCUGCAAGUGGGAGGGACCAUUAUUGGCAGUGCUCGUUGCAAAGCCUUCCGCACUCGGGAAGGUCGCCUGAAAGCUGCUCAUAACUUGGUUGAGCGGGGCAUCACCAACCUGUGUGUGAUCGGCGGGGAUGGAAGUCUCACGGGGGCCAAUAUCUUCCGGAAAGAGUGGAGCGGGCUGCUGGAAGAGCUGGCCCAAAAUGGAGAGCUCAACAAGGAGCAGGUGCAGCAGCACGCGUACCUCAACGUCGUGGGCAUGGUGGGCUCCAUUGACAACGACUUCUGCGGGACCGACAUGACCAUCGGCACCGACUCUGCCUUGCACAGGAUAAUCGAGGUCGUUGACGCCAUCAUGACCACUGCCCAGAGCCACCAGAGGACCUUUGUUCUCGAGGUUAUGGGGAGACACUGCGGGUACCUCGCCCUGGUGAGCGCCUUGGCCUGCGGAGCGGACUGGGUGUUCCUUCCAGAAUCCCCACCAGAAGAAGGCUGGCAGGAGAAUAUGUGCAUCAAGCUCUCAGAGAACCGUGCCCGGAAAAAAAGACUGAAUAUCAUCAUUGUGGCCGAGGGAGCCAUAGAUACCCAAAAUAAACCUAUUACCUCUGAGCAAAUCAAGGAGCUCGUGGUCAAACAGCUGGGGUACGACACGCGGGUGACCAUCCUUGGACACGUGCAGAGAGGCGGGACUCCUUCGGCCUUUGACAGGAUUUUGGCCAGUCGCAUGGGGGUGGAGGCUGUGGUCGCCCUUCUCCAGGCCACCCCGGAGACCCCGGCCUGCGUGGUGUCGCUGAGUGGGAACCAGGCCGUGCGCCUGCCGCUGGUGGAGUGUGUACAGAUGACCCAGGAAGUGCAGAAGGCCAUGGACGAGAGGAGAUUCAAGGACGCUGUGCAGCUCCGCGGGAGGAGCUUCGAGAGCAAUCUGAACACUUACAAGCGGCUCGCCAUCAAGCUGCCAGACGAUCAGAUUGUGAAGAGCAACUGUAACGUGGCCAUCAUAAAUGUGGGGGCGCCCGCCGCCGGGAUGAAUGCAGCUGUGCGCUCCGCCGUGCGUGUGGGCAUUGCGGAUGGGCACAAGAUGCUGGCAAUCUACGACGGCUUUGAGGGCUUCGCCAAAGGCCAGAUAAAGGAGAUCGGCUGGGGGGAUGUCGGAGGUUGGACUGGCCAAGGAGGCUCCAUUCUCGGGACCAAACGCACGCUGCCUGGGAAGUCGUUGGAGGACAUCGCCACACAGAUACGGAAGCACAGUAUCAACGCCCUGUUGAUCAUUGGUGGAUUUGAGGCCUACCUGGGACUGCUGGAGCUGUCAGCUGCCCGGGAGAAGUACGAGGAGCUCUGUGUCCCUAUGGUUAUGGUCCCCGCCACGGUCUCCAACAAUGUGCCGGGCUCUGAUUUCAGCAUCGGCGCAGACACCGCCCUGAACACCAUCACCGACACGUGUGACCGCAUCAAGCAGUCGGCCAGCGGGACCAAGCGCCGUGUGUUCAUCAUCGAGACCAUGGGGGGCUACUGCGGCUACCUGGCCAACAUGGGGGGGCUCGCCGCCGGAGCCGACGCUGCCUACAUUUUCGAGGAGCCGUUUGAUAUCCGAGACCUGCAGUCCAACGUGGAGCACCUGACGGAGAAAAUGAAGACCACCAUUCAGAGGGGACUCGUGCUCAGGAACGAGAGCUGCAGCGAGAACUACACCACGGACUUCAUCUACCAGCUGUACUCCGAGGAGGGCAAGGGCGUGUUCGACUGCAGGAAGAACGUGCUGGGCCACAUGCAGCAGGGUGGAGCGCCUUCCCCGUUUGACAGAAACUUUGGAACCAAAAUCUCCGCCAGAGCCAUGCAGUGGAUCAGCACGAAACUGAAGGAGGCUUUGGGCAAAGGAAAAAGAUUUAUGAGUGAUGAUUCCAUUUGCGUGCUGGGAAUAAGCAAAAGAAACCUUCUUUUCCAGCCUGUGGCACAGCUGAGGAAGGAAACAGACUUCGAGCACAGGAUCCCCAAAGAGCAGUGGUGGCUGAAGCUGCGGCCGCUCAUGAAGAUCCUGGCCAAGUACGAGGCCAGCUACGAGGUCCCCGACUCCCACCAGCUGGAGCCCGUGCACCACCGAGGCCACGAGGAGCCCGCCGCCAUCUAGACGCCGCCGGACCCGCCCCGGCUAGCACCGCUUCGGACUUCCGUUUACCUCCCGUUUUUGUAACACUUAAGUUAUUUAUCGGCACUUUUAUGCGAGUACUGUUGACAUCAAUACCUAGUCACAGAGCCCCCGUCCUGUGUCCUUCAUCCCGUGGGACCCUAAGACUCCAGCACGAGUGUCCGCUGUGUCUCGUACUGUGUCCUGCUUUCAGACGUGCGUAGCCAGUAGAAUUAAAUGCUUUGCUCAACUUCA